UAUAGCCUCCAUACAUGAUUUUAACUUUCAUUGUACAGAUUAAAUCCGGGCUGUGGCUCAGGGUUACCCUCCAAUUAAAAAUUCAGCGUUUUGGGCCAAGCGAAAAACUCCAAAGAGACAAAUCCUGCAGUGUUUGGACGGAUUGCCUUGCAGGGUGAUAAACCAGAGUGUGAAUGUGUGUGAUAGAGGAAAUGCUGACAUGUGGUGUGGAGCCGAUUGAGUGACCAGAAGACGAGGAAAGCGCUAUAAGAAGCUAGCUAUAUUUUAUAUUUUACAUUUAUUAAGUUCUCACCUUCAAAUACCUCCCACAUGAUCCUCCCAGCUGUUCCCCACCCCUCCCAGUGUCCCAGUCCCACAGCUGUCUGAGAGUCCCCGCGGCCUCCUCACCCGAUCAAUGCACAACCAAGGACAUGAAAGUCAGAAUCAAAGUCACCGUAGUCAUGGAAACAAACCCAGGCCUGUUUCCACCCACUAAUCGAUGAGUGUGUGUGUGUGUGGUCGAGGAGGACCCUGUCCCACAUUCAGACAGCAGAAACCCCUCGCUCGUCUUCCACGGCAGGACGGACAGAACGCAGGAAGAGGAAAAAAGAAGAUGGAACGAGUGGUUCAGAUCCACGUCGGGAUGAUGUUUGUGGCGUUGUGUGUGAGUCUGCAGGCGGCGGCUGCAGGGAAAGCUGACGGGGCGCAGGGUGGAGGAGGCGGCAGCGUGGACACCAUCAGCCACUCCCUGACCGUGGUGCAGCGUCUGGAGGCGCUGCUGGUUCAGGGGAACGGGAGUGAUGUGUCGCUCAGGGUGGAGACGCCCAACGCGGACGAGGUGAAGGUGAUCCAGGUGCACUCGCUGGUGCUCACCCUGCAGAGCCCCGUGUUUGAGGAGAUCCUGCUGAGCCGCAACAGCAGCACGCUGGUCCUGAAGGAGAGCUCCGACUGCGCCGCUGUGUUUGACAAGUUCAUCAGGUAUCUGUACUGUGGAGAACUUUCUCUACGUCUGGACCAGGCCACAGCUUUACACAAGCUGUCCACAAAGUACCAGGUGACGGGUCUCCAGCAGGGCAUCACCCAGUACAUGACCCAGAACCUGGCCCGGGACUCUCCCUCAGGCCACGUGGCGGGCUGGUACGAGUACGCCCUGCAGGCCGGGGACCUGACCCUGAGGGACAGCUGCCUGCAGUACAUGGCGUGGAACCUGUCGUCGGUGCUGCAGAGCGGCGAGUGGUUGACCGUCAGCAGCCAGCUUCUCAUGUCCCUGCUGCAGCGCUCCGACCUCAUCCUGCAGAGCGAGAUGGAGCUGUUCGCGGCGCUCGAGGCCUGGAUUAUCGAGAACGAGCCCGACAGUCUGACCGCCGAGAACGCUUUGAGGGCUGUGCGCUAUGCCAUGAUGCCGCCACGGGAGCUCUUCCGCCUGCAGACGCAGUCCUCAGUCCUCGCCCGCUAUCAGGAAUCGGUGCGCGACCUGCUGUACAUGUCCUACCAGUUUCACUCGGCGUCGCCGCUCAGCAUGGCCAAGUUCUUCGACGUGAACUGCAGCCUCUUCAUGCCCAGGAACUACCUGUCGCCGGUGUGGGGGUCGCCCUGGGUCAUCAACAACCCGACGCGAGACGACCGCAGCACCAGCUUCCAGACGCAGCUGGGACCCAGCGGGCACGACUCCAGCAAGAGGGUGACCUGGAACGCCUUGUUCUCGCCGCGCUGGCUCCCCCUCACCUUGAGGUCCAUGUACACGGAGACCGGCGCCAUGCAGCCGACACGCGUGGAAGGAGGGCGCCCUCGCAUCAUCAUCACGCCGGCCACGUCCAGCGCAGAUUUCGCCGGGGUGAACUUCCAGAAGACGGUGCUUGUGAUGGCUCAGCAGCAGGGGAAGACGGUGGUGAGGCACGUCUACAACUUCCACCAGAGCACGGAGGAGAACGGCGACUUCUUGGCCGAGGCCGACCUCUACCGCCGGACGUCCGAGUACCUCAUCGACAGCUCCCUCUACCUGCACAUCAUAGUGAAGCCGCUGUACCAAACCCUCAUCGCCACCAAGAACUGACCGCCCUCUGACCCCUUCCUCUCAGAGCCACCGGUACCUCACCACACACAACCCGACCCGCUGCAGCGACAUCUCGCUAAUAUCUCCGCACGAGGACGCCGAUCUGAUCCCCCCCA